CACAGGUAAGACGUAUUUGUGUUUAGCCGCACUGCCACAGAAGUCUUGAUUCCCGUGAUCUCUCCUCGCGAUGUUCCACGGGGAAGAUUCUGCUGAAUUUCAGUGCUGUGCCACAGUGGAACGUUUGAACGGAUCUGGCCAAGCCAUCAAACGCCAAGUAAUUCGGCGUGCGUCAGUGACACUGGGACGAAAUGAAUUUCAGGAGAUUGCUCUACGGGUACACGACGGCAAAGUGCCACAAACUUUCACUCUCCGUGAAUUCCAGCUAUUCACUCGUUUUUGUAGGGACGGCAAAAGCACUAUCAAACUGCUCCCAGAAAACAUACAAGUGCUGCUCUCUGACUGUCCACCAGACCGUUUAAGCAUCUUCCUUAAGACAUUAAGUAUUAAGCACCAAGCCUGGCAGACGAGCAAGCCCGUGGGGGAUCGAAUCAAGCUCCGUGCUGGACUUCCUCGCAGUUUCGAAUCAAUAAGCCCCCUGCAACAGAAAGACGUGCAGAAAGCCAAUGAGCUGAGAAGCAAAGUGAACGCACAACCGCCCGCAAAAGGCCUGACGAACCGAGCGGGGAAUAAACCGCUUGGGCAGCAGGUGAAGAGGUCAAGACCGGAGUCUACUGAGUGCAGUCCGGUGAAAUCACUGCACCCUGCCAAGAAACCAACUUUGUCAUUGCCUGUGGGGAGGAAGCUGUCCAAAGAGCAAGCUGUUGUUCUGAAUGCCGUUUUAAGUGGGAAGAAUGUCUUCUUUACUGGCAGUGCAGGUACGGGGAAAUCUUUCUUGCUGAAGAGGAUUGUGGGAUCUCUGCCCCCCAAAAGCACAUAUGCCACAGCCAGCACAGGUGUGGCAGCCUGCCACAUUGGAGGAACUACUUUGCACAACUUUGCAGGGAUUGGAUCAGGCUCUGCUUCUCUAGAGCAGUGUCUGGAACUGGCCCAGCGGCCUGGGGUCCUCCAGCACUGGACAAGCUGCCGACACCUCAUCAUCGACGAGAUCUCUAUGGUGGAGGCCCAGUUCUUUGAUAAGCUCGAGACCAUUGCCAGGUCCAUUAAGAGGUCUACUGAACCAUUUGGAGGCAUCCAGCUAAUUGUAUGUGGUGACUUCCUCCAACUGCCCCCAGUCACUAAGGGGAAGGACAGACCUGACUUUUGCUUCCAGGCGAGAAGCUGGCGGAAGUGCAUUCACCUGAACCUGGAGCUGAUGGAUGUGCGCCGGCAGACAGACCAGACCUUCAUCUCCCUUCUGCAGGCCGUGAGGGUAGGCAGAGUCACAGAAGAAGUCACCGCCAAGCUGCUGAGGAGCGCGUAUCACAGCAUUGAGAGGGACGGUAUCCUAGCAACUAGACUCUGCACGCACAAAGACGAUGUGGAAUUGACGAAUGAGAACAAGCUUCAGCAGCUGCCAGGGACCGCACGGGUCUUCGAGGCUGUGGACAGCGACCCUGUGCUGGUCAAGGCCAUUGACGCACUGAGUCCAGUGGGGCGGGUGCUGCAGCUGAAAGUGGGCGCCCAGGUGAUGUUGACGAAGAAUCUGAACGUGGAGCGAGGCCUGGUCAACGGUGCGAGGGGCGUGGUGGUCUCCUUCCAGCCCGGAAAUAAAGGCCUGCCGUGCGUGCGGUUCCUGUGCGGCGUCACUGAGGUCAUGAAGCCGGAGCGCUGCAUGUUCAAGGUGGGGGGCCUGUACCUCAGCCGCCUGCAGCUGCCACUCAAACUGGCCUGGGCCAUCUCCAUCCACAAGAGCCAGGGCAUGACCCUGGACUGUGUGGAGAUCUCCCUGGCCCGGGUGUUUGAGUGCGGCCAGGCCUACGUGGCGCUGUCCCGGGCCCGGAACCUGGAGGGUCCGCAGGCUGGACUUCACCCAGUCGGUGCCGUGGACCACCGG